AUGCCCACGAGGGCGCCUCCUCACCUCGCCGCCGCCGCCGCCUCACCAUCGUCCCCAACUUGUUCCAGACCGUUCGGUCCUUCGCUCUCCGCACGAUCGCCAUCGCCCCCCACAAGCGCCGCCACGACGACGCCACCUCCUCAUCUCGCCUCUGCCGCCGCCGCAGCCGCCGCCGCCGCCGCCCCGUACCGUUCCCCGCCCUCCGACUGCUAUCCACCUCCCCGCGCCGCCGCCGCAAGCUUCUCGUCGACGACGCCCACCACGCCGUCUCCACUCCCCGUCGCCGCCGCAGCCGUAGCAGUCUGCUUCCCAGGGUCGCUGGAGAAGAAGGCGAUGUUCUACAAGGCACUUCAGUGGACGAAGAAGCGCGGUGGAAGAUUACAUGAGUCAGGACUUGGGAAGCUCAGACUUGCCGAGCUGCCUGAUCCUCUGGACACUACACCCAAGGAGGAUCUAUCUGAACUAUUUACACCUCUAAGUGACAAAGAAGAAAGAGAAGUUGAUACUCUGUUGUAUAAUAGGAAUCACAGUGAUAAAGUCAUAGUGAUACAUGAGCCUUCUAACAUUGAGAUUACUAAUGAGAAAUUUCAAUGUUUGAGGCCUCGUGGGUGGUUGAAUGAUGAGGUCAUUAAUUUGUACAUUGAACUGUUAAAGGAGAGGGAAGAAAGGGAACACAACAGGUUUUUGAAAUGCCAUUUCUUCAAUACAUUCUUCUACAAGAAGCUUACUUGCGGAAUAGCUGGUUAUGAUUACCAGUCUGUUAGAAGAUGGACGACGUUCAAGAGGUUGGGUUAUGGACUCAUCGAGUGUGAGAAAAUCUUUGUUCCAGUGCAUAGAAAUGUACAUUGGUGUUUGGUAGUUAUAAACAUGAAGGAUAAAACAUUGCAGUACCUUGAUUCUCUAGGAGGUUUGGGCCAUGAUGUACUGAAAGUACUGACUAGAUACAUCGUGGAUGAAUUGAAGGACAAGAGUAACUUAGAGGUAGACCCUAGUUCGUGGGUGGUAGUGUCAGAGUCUCUCCCCUUGCAGCAGAAUGGGUGGGACUGUGGCAUGUUUAUGCUUAAAUACAUUGAUUUCCAUAGCAGAGGUAUCAAACCAUCUUUCAGUCAGGAACACAUGAUGUAUUUUAGGAACCGAACAGCAAAAGAGAUCAUGACAUUAAGAGCUGACUGA